CCAAGCUCCUCAUCGGAUUCAACCACGUCUUCCUUCCAAUCCACCACUUCUCCAACUGAUUCUUCUGUGGAUUCGACUACAGCUAGCUCCAGCACCACUGAGGAAACAACCACCUCUUCAAGCUACUCCAGCUCCACCUCUUCCACAGAUGUUACUCCUCCAGCUCCCUCUUUGGGGCCCACUUCUACUUUCCCAAGCUCCUCAUCAAUUCAACCAUGUCUUCCUCCAAUCCACCACUUGCAACUGAUUCUUCUGAUGGAUUCGACUACAACUAGCUCCAGCACCACUGAGGAAGAACCAUGUCUCAAUCUACUCCAACUCCAGCUCUUCCAUAGACACCAGCUUCUUCUAUGGGAUCAACUCCUCUUUGGAGCCCACAAUUCUACUUCCCAAGCUCCUCAUCAGAUUCAACCAUUUCCUCCUCCGAAGCCACCACUUCAACUGAUUCCUCUGUGGAUUCAACUGCUUCAUCUAGCUCCAACACCAGGAGGAAACAACCAUGUCUUCAAUCAGCUCUUCUCCAGACACCAGCUCAUCUAUAGGAUCAACUCCAGCACCACUGAGGAAGGAACUAUGUCUUCAAUCUACUCCAACUCCAGCUCUUCCAUAGACACAGCUUCCUCUAGAGAUCAAGCUCACAAACCUCUAGCUACACUAGCUCUUCUUCAGGCUACUCCUCCAGCUCCUCUUUGGAGCCCACCAACUUCUACUUCCCAAGCUUCCUCAUCGGAUUCUACUACGUCUUCCUUCCAAUCCACUUCUCCAACUUAUUCUUCUGUGGAAUCGACUACAGCUAGCUCCAGCACCAGUAAGGAAACCUCUUCAACUUACACCAGCUCUUCUUCAGGCUACUCCUCCUCCAGCUCCUCUUUGAAGCCCACAACUUCUACUUUCCCAAGCUCCUCAUCAGAUUCAACCACGUCCUCCUCCAAAGCCACCACUUCAACUGAUUCCUCUGUGGAUUCAACUGCUUCAUCUAGCUCCAAAACCAGUGAGGAAACAACCAUGUCUUCAAUCAGCUCUUCUCCAGACACCAGCUCCUCUAUGAGAUCAAGUACCUCUUCAACUACGAACACAACCCCUUCUUCAAGCUUUUCCACAUCCUUGAAUUCAACCGCUUUUCCAACUACCACCACUGAGGACUCUAUUUACUCAAGCUCUUCCAUAGGCUCACAAACUUCUUCAAAUUACACUAGCUCUUCUUCAGGUUACUCCUCCUCCAGCUCCUCCUUGAAGACCACUUCUACUUUAACAAGCUCCUCAUCGGAUUCAACCACA